UGUAAAACAAAAGUAAAAGCUUUUUUUAUGCUAAGGGUCCACUAUUAAUAUUCUGUAGUUGUGAAAUUUGAAGGUUUUUACUGAUAACAAAAUAUCCGUUUUACUAUUUUGAAUUAUUGGCAUACUCUGAAUCUAAAAUAUGGCGAAAUUUCAGAAUCCAAGAUGGGAAAGUGUGCCUGCUUGCCUUGUAUGGCCGGAUAUAGAUUACGAAGAAAGUUUACAGAGAUCCCAUCAGAAACAAACAAACGAGACUGGAGAAACAGCAGUGAAGAGGUUGAGAGUUCGGGCCAUAAAUCCUCAUAAUUCACUUAAGGUAGCAUACACCGUAAACAGAAACGGAGAUAAGAUGAUUACUAGAGAAGAAAUGAAAAGAGUAGCGAAUUUUUCGAUGCCUUAUCCUGCUAAACUAUCAGCCAAAGAUUAUGAAGAAUUAUUACUCAUCUUAGAUCCACUUCAUACGAAUUUAAUUAAACUAGAAGACUUUUUAAAUCUGUUUAAACCUGAAUCUGUUUGCGACUUGGGAAACUCGAUUAAAAAAGUUAGUACGAGUAGCUUACAAAGACAUGAACCUCUCACUCUGUUGAAACUUGAUGAAAAAAUAAGAUAUAACAUCAAAACUCAAACAGAGAAGUUAUUGAAAGCUUUUACUUUUUAUGAUUUCGAAAAUACUGGUAUGGUUUCGAAACAACACGUCAAAUGUCUGCUUCAGAAACAUUGUAUGCCACUUUCCGAUAAGCAGUUCGAAGGGCUGUGGAAAAUGUUUCCAGUUGAGAAUGGUGCAUUGAAUUACAUACGAUUUCUAGAUUUUGGAGAUUGUACACCAAACAAUUCAAUAAGUAAUUACAGAAUAAAAACAAUUUCACGAACAUUGGUCCAUUCAUCUUCUAAGUCAAAAUAUGAUGAACCUUCAAUUCAAAAAUUGAGAAAUACAUCUAAAUGCCAUUGCGAAAUUGAAGGAAACCAAUUUAAUGAUAUCAAGAUAAUAUUGAGAAACUGCAUUGAAAAAAAUUGGCAUGAUAUAAUUCGGAAAUGUAAAGAAGCAGAUCCACGGCAAUCGGGUCGCAUUGCAUCAGAAUCUAUGAAGGAAGUGCUAAAUCAGUGCGGAAUUCCAGUCUACAGUGAAUUUAUGAAUAACUUUUUAGAACGACAAUACAAUAUGGUUCCUGGAACACUCAUUCUUAAUGAAUUGCCAGUACUUCAUAUUAGUAAUAAUUCAUACCACCGUUCUCAAGCGUUACGACAACAGUUUCUAGCAAACGACCCACAAAAAGCAGGAUUAAUCGAUGCUACAAAAUUCAAGAAGAUUUUGAAUGAUUUUACCAUCUGUCUCAGUGACGAAGAUUUCUUUAUCAUCUGUAAACAUUUCGAUCCUGUUUUAAGCGGUUCCAUUCCCUACGUCAAUUUUCUACAGUCUUUCGCUCAUCCAAAUUUUUAAAUAAUCAUAUUUUAAAAGUUUAAAUUGUCUUAAGUUUUUUUACUUAAAUCAUUAUAAUUAUAGUAGAUAAAUUCCGAAUAUAAAUAUUUUAAGAUAUUGAUUCAAUACAUUUGUCUUUCGAUACGAAUAACUAAAUUAGAAAGAUCUUUAUGAAAUAAAAGCUGCUAAUUCUUA